GUGUGACCUGCGGGGUUUGGUGGAGAGAUAGGAAUGAAGAGAACAAAGGACAGCAACACUGCGUGGGAACGCUGUGUUGCUCCGCUCGUUGACGUGAUGGUUGGGUAGAUCAAGCGGUUGACCCAUGGGUCAUCUCCGUUAGCACCGUCUGGUAUAACAGGUUUUCCAAAUGCCGGCGGCGCUUUGUUUGCUGCAGCACGGUUGUUCCCAUGGCGGCAUCUGGUUAAAUGGUAACAUAGCAGCCUCCACAGGACCACCAGAGGACUGUGGACGACCAUGCACCGUGCACGAUGCCACAGCGCUGGUGAUUAUCUACGUCUCAGAUGGUAGGCUCUGGGGACAGGGCAUUGGUCGGGUGGCUUCUUUGGCCUCCUCUCGAUGUCCUUGUCGGCACAGUCCCAACGGCAACAUAUGGCACCCCGCCUCCUUCCCGAGGUGUUGUUGGGUUAGGUGGUGGGGUAUGUUGGCGGCACCAGGUUGCGGGUGUUGGUCCUCACCGCACCAAGGUCGCCCCAAUUGGAACCGGGGCUUAUGUGUGGGGGCUGUAAUCGGACUCGCUCGCGGUGUGCCAGACGUAGCCUGGACUGAAGAGCAUGAGGAGGGCCCCAGCCUUGGAGGCGCUUGGGGCCGGGAGGAAUCAGCGAGGCCUUGGCAGCAGUGGUGGCUGUACGGCAGCCUAUGAAGCAGAGCCAUGCCGCGUUGGUGGUUUUAUUAGUUUAUUAGUUUAUUAGUUUAUUAGUAUAUUGGCUGUGCGAGGUGGCGCGGGUGUGCGCUCUAUCGCUGCACUGCAUAGCUUGCCUUGCUACCUAACCGACUAACCCCCCCGCAACACCUUCUAUCCCUGCUAAAUACCUUCGCAUCCCCCUUCACAUUUCCUACGUGUACCAUAAAUUAGCAUUCUUACCCCUUCAACUUCACACAAGUACAACUUUAGGUACCACAACGUGUUUACCGUGUCAUUAGCAACGUGUAAGCUUUACAGACUUGAAAUACAGUGCACAUAAGUAAAUAACGCACAGCUGCUACGGAAGACUGCUUUGACACAUCGCGAUCUUUAUCUGACUCCUCCAAGCUCCGGCUUCUUCCAGUCGCUCGAGUCCAGUCCUGUGGCAGAACUUUUCUACGCUUAGCGGGCCUCGUGUCGCACGCAGGCCUCUUGCGGCAGAGGUGCAAGAAGAAUAUAAGAUGGACCCUCAGCAGGUCAUCAAGGACGUCGCCGGCCCGCUGAGCAUCGUGGGCGCUAGCUUCGUGGUUCGCGAUGGCUUCGUAAAAGCUGCGGGUGUGCUGGGCUCGCAUAUCGAGACCGGUCUGAAGGGCCACAUGGCGAGCGAAGGCGCUGGGCAGCACCUACUUGAUACCGGUCUGGAGCAUUUGAGCAAUGCGGUCAAGGAUAGAAAGCCGUUCUUCUCGCUACUGUCUUUCGGGCGGUGAGCGGUGUCCGUGCAGCACCUUCAGGUGGCACGCAGUAGCAGGGGCCACGUUUUGUCGGCGGGGUCGGCUUGCAACCUGAAGAGCUUCGAGGGGGUAGCGCAGGCUGUCCAGGCACGGUGGGUUGCCGACACCGGCGACAACAGCAGCGCCGGAGGCGGGAGCGGUGCUGGACGCAGGAAGUGCACCCACUACAUCCGCACCGGCGGGGCUGGCCGCGGUGGGAGCGCCGGCGGUUGAGCGCGGCGCCGCUGUCAACGAGAAGGUGUUGGGCAAGCGCAAGGAGCUGCCAGGCCAGCCCACCGGCACCUACGGCCAGCCUACGGUGUACGUGUCCGGCGUGGCAGCGGCGGGGCUGCUGAGCUACUACCAGGGGCCGCCGGCGGCGGCGGCCGUCAAGAGGCGGCGCAAGGCGGGCGGCGCGCUGUACAACUUCGACCUGAACGAUAUGACCGACCAGUCGGAGGUGGACCUGUGGACGGCGGUGGUCACCAUCCUGCGGGAGGUGCAGACCAGGCGCGGCAACACGCCGCCUGCCAAGCAGCAGUCGCUGCAACGGCGCAUCAGCACUGCCUACCACAUCACGCACGCCUACUUCCACAACACGCCCGUGGUGGAGGGCUCGCUGGCGGCGGGCGGCGUGGCGGUGUCAGCGGCGGUUGUGGGCGGGGCGACUUUCGCAUUCUCAAGAGUCCCCCUUGUAACUUUCGCAUUCUCAAGAUUGGGUCUCUUGUACGGCUUUCAGGCUUUCAGGAGCUCCGGUCCCUCUUGUAACUUUCGAUACAGAUACAGAUAGUGUCACUAAUUUGCAAGGCUUCGCUCGCUGAAAAGCACCAGUCAUAACCUUUACAUAUACUGAUGUUUGUAGGAUAAGGAAUGGUGCUGUCCUGGCUACUCCCGUCCUGGGUAGCCGUACAUUUUCGCUGGCGGUGAACGGGGGGGGAUAGCGGCGGUCAUGCGGCUGUGGGUCAAGUCAGUCUCGCCUUGACUCUAAUGAGUAAUUAGCGCUGGGUUGGAACACGCUAAAGGGCAUUUGGUGCUAAAGGGCAUUUGGUGCUGUUACGUUGUGCGUCUGUAAAGCCUGCACGUUGCUAGUUAUGCAUGAAGCACGUUGUGGUACCUAAAGCUGUGCUCGUGUGAAGUUGUAGGUGUAGAAAGCGGUGAAAAAGGGAUGGUUGGGAAUUGUGAAGGGGUAUGUGCAGCUAUUUUACAGGGUGCGAAGGAGUUGUGACGGGGUUAGCCGGUUAUCGAUUGUAUCGACUAGGGAUUCGGGCUUCAGUCAAGCCAGAGCCCGUCUCGACUCUAUUGAGUAAUUAGCGCUGAGUUGGGACACGCUAAAGGGCCUUUGGUACGUUUACGUUGUCAGUCUGUAAAGCUUACACGUUGCUAAUGACACGGUAAACACGUUGUGGUACCUAAAGUUGUACUUGUGUGAAGUUGAAGGGGUAAGAAUGCUAAUUUAUGGUACGCGUAGGAAAUGUGAAGGGGGAUGCGAAGGUAUUUUACAGGGAUAGAAGGUGUUGCGGGGGGGUUAGUCGGUUAGGUCUUGCUUGCUGUUGGUUUAACGGUAGCAAUCCGUACUGCCUUUUCCGUGUGCUCCGAUGCGAUG